UUUAAGAAAAUAUGCCAAUUGAGCCCUGAGAGGGCGCUUUGCAAAUUACAAUGAGGAAAGGCGAAAUAUGGCGACACAGAAGAGGCUGCACAAGGAGUUGAUGCAGAUUCAGAAAGAUCCCCCACCCGGUAUCAAAAUCAACGAAGAUAAGGCAGCCAGUACUCUCAAUACAUGGCAUGUGGAUUUAGAUGGUGCACCUAACUCUAUAUAUGCUGGUGAAAAGUUUCAACUUCAAUUCAAGUUCAGCAAUAAAUAUCCUUUUGAUUCACCAGAGGUUGUGUUUAUAGGUGGGAACAUCCCUGUACAUCCACAUGUCUAUAGUAAUGGUCACAUAUGUCUAUCAAUACUCACAGAGGAUUGGUCCCCCGCUCUCUCAGUACAGUCCGUAUGUCUAAGUAUAAUUAGUAUGCUCAGCAGUUGUACAGAAAAGAAAAGACCACCUGAUAACAGUUUCUAUGUAAAAACAUGCAAUAAGAGUCCAAAAAAGACAAAGUGGUGGUAUCAUGAUGACUCUGUAUGACACAAGCAAAGCUUCCAUCUUUCACCUUAAGAGAUUUCCAUCUCGCCCCUGACUGGACAUGAACAUUCUAGGCCCUGCAGCUAAGAACUUAUCUAGUGACAGGAAGUUCUCGGCUGAGGUCAAAGGUUGCAAUGAUGAAGGUCAAGGUUCAUCUCCACCUUUCAUCUCAUGGGACAUGCUUCGUCCAGCCCCGGGGCCAUCGCAACUGACAGCCUAUCUAGUGACAGGAAGUCUUCAGCUGAGGUCAAAGGUUAAAAUAAAUUGUUGAAAGUCAGGCAUCUCCAUCUUCUAAUUGGACAUGAUCCAUUUAGCCCCUUGUCCAUUGCAGCUGAGAGCUUGCCUAGUUACAGGAAUUCCUCAUCCCCAGCCUAAGGUCACACAGAACUGUUGAAGGCCGUCUCCAUCUUUCUCCGAAUUGGACAUGACCAUUUAGCCCGUGGUCCAAUGCAGCUGACAGCCUAUCUAGUAACAGGAAGUACUCGGCCUCGGUCAAAGGUGAUACAGACUCGACCAUGGUGUAGGGUCAUCGAAAAUUAGAGUUGACCUCCAAUUGCUGGUAUACUAGCCUUUACUUAAAUUUUUCUGAUUGAAGCUGUUAGAAAAACCAUUUUCAGGUGAGAUGUAACUAAUCAAGUCACUAACAGAUUUUAAUAAUAUAUAGCAUUUAUUAGGCAGAUUUUCCUAGUGUAAGAUUGCUUAAUAGAUGUACAAUAUUGUUCUUGGUCUUUAAAAAAUUUUGUUUACUGUUUAUGUCAUGGUGACUUUACCAUUAUGGUGUACUAACAUAGAAACGUUGAUUUUUAUUAGCUGCUUUAAGGACAUGUACUAGAUAGAUACCAUCAGAGUAAAUUUACCAGUGUUUUAUGCAACAGACCUUGUACUGUAGUUUUUGUUCGCUUGAUCAAGACUGUGGUUAUGACCUAUUUCCUAUUGGUACUGGUUGUCCCUGUACAAAGCCUAUGGGAAAUGCAGAAUUCAGCAGUCAACCGGUCAAGAUCUACAUGUGUCCUUCAUGCUGGUCCAAGGACGUCCCUAUCAACGUUCUUGCCAGCCAAAGUUUGUCCCUACCAACACUCUUGCUGGCCAAAGCUUGUUGCUACCAAUGCUCUUCAUGCUCUAGGGACAUAUUUCACUAUUUAUACUUACGACGCUAAGUUCACAAAUAUCCCCCAGACAUUCUUACUUGAAAAUUAUACUGUGAAAUACCCGAAGUGUCAAAUAUUUCAAUGUUUCUCCUGCGAUUGCAAUUAUUUUAGCCAAUCAGGUUUGUUCUAGACGAUGAUGUCACGACCAAUUUGCUUUGCUGCUGCAGCGGAAACGACGUACACGAAAAAGAAGAGGCGCCAUGAUAUGCGGUGCGUUGCAGAGCUGUUGCAAUGUGUGCGUUGGCUUGUGAUGCAAUUGCACCAAGAUGUGAUUGGCAACUUGUCACAAUCGAAUCUUACUGCAUUGCAAUGGCAUACUAGUAGUGUGCGCUGGGCUUAAGUUUGAUUUUAAAUCCUUGCAUUAUGAGUCACACGUUAGGUUACUGCCCACAGCCAAAGAAUGUCCAUGUAGAUUCUCGUAGUGUCUAGUGACAAAUUAGAAGUUAAUGCAAUUUUGUAGUAAAUACUUAGGCAUAUAGUAUAUAUAUAUAUAUUUAUAUGAGAAUAUCUGUAAAUAUUUGUAAUUGUAUUUUUGAUGCUCAUCAAAAGAGACUUGAUGAGACAAUUUGGGAUGAGAACGAUGUGCAGGAAUUUAUUAAUGUAGAUUUACAUUCUACUUUUCUUCAGGUACAUGUACUUUCAUGUAAGAUGUUUUAAAACUGCUGCAUGCAUUAAAUGCGACAAGAUGUAAAUGUAGCCUCACAUCCCUAUUCUUAAACCGGAGUCCAAUUACCAAUUUAUUUCCAAUUUGUCCGCUUGCCAGCUCGUCUACUAUCAUUUGGUCUACCAUCAGUUUGUCCACUCACCACACGGUCCACUUCCAUUUAGUCUAAUGCCACUCCGUCUGAUAACUCGUUGGUCCAAUAGCCAUUUAGUCCAUUUACCAUUUGGUCUAAUUGGACGAAAGUGUUAAUUAUGCAAAAUGAAUGAAAAUGAACUGGACAUAAGACCAACUGGUUAUGAGACGAAAUGGUCAUAGACGUAAUGGUGAUUAGACGAAGUGAUGAUUGGACCAAAUGGUUAUUAGAUGAAAUGUUGAUGGACGGAAUGGCAUUAGACUAAAUGAAAGUAGACCAUGUGGUGAGUGGACGAGUUGGCAGUAGCCAAAUUGGCAAUUUACCAAUUACCCACUAACUUAGUGGUCACCGAUGCUUCAGUCACAUUAGAUAAAACCAACCAAGGCUUUAUCUUAUUUCUAAUGACAUGCCAUGUAUCGGAUUUGAUUCAGUUUCGUUGGUGUGACUAGCAUAACGUAGAACAUUGGUGUGGAUCCAAAUUUUGUUUGUUAUAUUGAAUCAAUGAGCAUGUACAGCGGUUAUCACAGUGAGCUAGAUUGCAUUGAGAAUAGAAAUAUACUAUAUUGGCAGUGCUGUGUUGUACAAAUAAUGCACGUACAUGUAAACUCGCGUGAUAAAUUGCCAUUUUGUCCACUCACCACAUGUUCUACUUUCAUUUAUUCUAAUGCCAUUCCGUCCAUCAACAUUUCGUCUAACAAUCAUUUGGUCAAUUAAACAUUUCGUCCAAUCAUCACUUCGUCUAAUCACCAUUUUGUCUAUGACCAUUUCGUCAUAACCAGUUGGUCUAAUAUCCAUUUAAUUUUCAUUCAUUUUGCACAAUUGACACUUAUAUGUAGUCCAAUUAGACCAAAUGGUAUGUGGACUAAAUGGCUAUUGGACCAACUGGUUAUUAGACGAAAUGGUGAGUGGACGAAUUGGCAAUUAGACCAUGUGGAUAGUUGAUGAACUGAUGGUAGACCAAACGAUAGUAGAUGAGUUGGCAAUUGGACGAUUUGGCAUUAGACGAAUUGAAAAUAAGCCAUAAUUUAUUUAUGUAGACAGUACAAUUUCAUUAUUGAAACUUAGUGAACACUGUAUCUACAUGUUUGCUCAGUAGUCAGUGAUGAUCCUUGGUACAUGAUAAAAAGCAAAUGCUUAAAUUCUACAUGUAUCUUCG